AUGACAGCAGUUCCAAGUUCCAGACUUGCUAUUAGGCAAGAUAUGACAAUGAGAAUAACUCAGGAAACAGAUACUGGCAAGAGGAAGCCGGGCAGCAGAGAUGAAAAAAGAGUGCUUCUACAGGCAUCCUUUGGGAAUUUGAACACCCUUGCUGAUGUUUCUGAAGAGGUGGUCCAAGGACGUGGGACAAAAGAGCUGAUCAUCACUACUUCCUAUGUGAAGCUUUUGAAUCACAUCCUGAAACAUGUUACAUACACUAGUACAAAAUACCUACUAGAUGUAGUGGACAUGAUGAACUUUACAGAAGGAACUUAUCUUGUUAGAUUUCCUGUGACCAUUCAACAAUUCCGCCUUCCUAAACUAGUUGACUCAGGGCCAGAUAACAGCAUUAGAAACAUGGUAACCAUCACAGUAAAAGCAUUUUUACGCUACCACAAGCUGCGGAUCCUCCUGAAAAGCAUAAAACAAUACUAUCCGGAUAUAACAAUAAUUGCGGCAGAUGACAGUGAACACCCAGAGAAGAUUGAAGAGGCAAAUCUUCAGUAUUACAUUAUGCCUUUUGGAAAGGGCUGGUUCGCAGGGAGCAACCUUGCAUCUCAGGUCACAACCAAAUAUUAUCUUUGGGUGGAAAAUGACUUCAUCUUCACUGAAAAAACAAAGAUCCAGAAACUUGUGGAUGUAUUAGAGAACAGCAACUUGGAUGUGGUUGGAGGCAGUGUGGAUGGAAAUGAAUAUAAAUUUAAGAUUUUCUACGAGGAAGGAGAAGAUAGCAGCUGUUUGCACCUCAGAAGUGGCUUUUAUCAUCACUUGGAAGGCUUUCCCAACUGUGUUGUGACUAGCAGUGUAGUCAAUUUCUUCCUGGCUCACAUAGAGGAAAGCAGGCAUGUUGGAUUUGAUCCUAAACUUCAGAGGGUGGCUCAUUUAGAAUAUUUUAUGGAUGGGCUUGGAAGCUUGCGGAUUGGCUCCUGCAAUGAUGUUAUCAUUGGUCACCAGUCACACCAAAUUUACACCAACAUACCAGAAGCUAAUGUUGAAAAAUUGUAUAGAUGAUUUUGGAAUAACUGUAAGAAAGAAAUUAGGUUUAAAUUAUCCUUACAUUACUUUAAGAAGAGAAUGAAAUGCUAUUCAAAAGACUGA